AUGAGGCAGCACAACUGCCAGCGAAGGACGUCCGCACAGUCCCUCUCCAAUCCAGUGGCUUCAACAGAGCACUCUCAGAGGAGAAGCUACCAGCUUGGUGACUCCCAACGCUUCCUGCUGCCCUCUCACCAGAGCUGCGGGAAAAUUGAACCGUCUGCGUGGACAGCCACGCCGGAGCCCCUCCGGUACCUCCUGGAGCCCACGAGCCAGACGGUGCUGACCCAGCGGGGUGCCACGGCCACCCUGCCCUGCAUGUUGCAGGUCCUCCCGCCCAACUACAAGGUCCGGUGGAGCAAGGUGGUGCCGGCUGAGCACAUGGAGGUGGUCCUCCUCAUCACCAACGGUGCCCACCACAAAACCUACGGCCCCCUGGGCAGCCGGGUCCGGCUGAGGCGCAGCCACCGCUACGACGCCUCCCUCACCAUCUCCGACGUGGCCCUGGAGGACGAGGGGCGCUACCGCUGCCAGCUGGUCGACGGCCUGGAGGACGAGAGCAUCUCCUUGGUCCUGCAGCUGGACGGCAUCGUCUUCCCCUACCAGACCAGCAAGGGGCGCUACAAAUUCACUUAUUUCGAUGCCCAGAAGGCUUGCCGAGACCAGGAUGCUCAGCUGGCUACUUACAGGCAACUGUACCAAGCAUGGACAGAAGGCCUGGACUGGUGCAACGCUGGCUGGGUCAUGGAAGGCACAGUGCACUACCCCAUCAUCAAUUCCCGGGAGCCCUGUGGCGGGCGGCUGCUUCUGCCGGGGAUUCGGACCUACGGGGCCAAAGACAAGCUCAAAGACCGGUUCGACGCGUUCUGCUUCACCUCGACGGUCAAAGACUCUCAGAGGAGAAGCUACCAGCUUGGUGACUCCCAACGCUUCCUGCUGCCGUCUCACCAGAGCUGCGGGAAAAUUGAGCCGUCUGCGUGGACAGGUCGGAUUCUCCGUGGACGUUGA